AUGGUGCUUAAAUGCAUGCCUGCAGGGCUCCAUCGUCGGGAUCUGAUUUUAAUGACAAGCAACCGAUCGGCACUACAAGUUAUCCGACGACCACGGCAACAAUCCGGCCAGUGCACUAUACGCCAGAUAUACGAACGUACCCAGUAUCUUCAAAGGAGAGGCUGCUCUGUUUCACUCAUGUGGGUGCCGGCGGAGAACGAAGAUUUUACACUAAAAGCGCUCGCCAAGGCAGCAGCGAAGAGAGCGGCAAUGUGUGGUGAGACACCAGAUGAACGACCAUACCAAGCUAGUCGACAAAGCUACGACUGGCCAAAGCUGGCCCAACAGCAACUAGGAGAGCUCCCGGAGGGAGUGGGUAAGUACUCGAAACGAGUUGAUGCUGCACUUCCGGGUAGGCACACACGAGCAUUGUACGACCAGCUGGAGAGAAGAGAAUCGGACAUUCUGGUGCAAUUACGUACCGGCAUGGCAAGACUGAAUGGCUUCCUCCAUAGAAUCGGGGUGGUGGAAUCAGACUUAUGCGAAUGUGGCAAAGCACCUGAAACAAUGGAACACUUUCUGUUUCGAUGCAGAAGGUGGACAGCGCAACGGGAGAUCUUCCUCGAUUGCUCAUCGGGGAAGAUAGGGAAUCUCUCAUAUUUCUUGGGAGGGAAAGCACCGUCUGAUGAUGACAAGUGGAAGCCGGCCACACGAGCAGUGAAGGCAGUGAUCAAAUUCGCAAUGGCAACGGGAAGACUCGCUCGAGAGCAGCGGCCAUAG